AUGGCUCAGCACUUCUCCCUGGCCGCCUGCGACGUGGUCGGCUUCGACCUGGACCACACUCUGUGUUGCUACAACCUGCCCGAGAGCGCCCGGCUCAUUUAUAAUAGCUUUGCUCAGUUCCUGGUCAAGGAGAAAGGGUAUGACAAGGGAUUGCUCACGGUAACCCCAGAGGAUUGGGAUUUCUGUUGCAAGGGCUUGGCACUGGAUCUGGAAGAUGGGAACUUCAUUAAACUUGCAGAUAAUGGCACCGUGCUCAGGGCCAGCCACGGCACAAAGAUGCUGUCUCCGGAGGCGCUGGCGGAGGAGUUUGGCAGGAAGGAGUGGAAGCAUUUCAUGCCAGACACGGGAAUGGCCUUCCGGUCAGGAAAAUACUACUUUUAUGAUAACUACUUUGACCUGCCUGGAGCUCUUCUAUGUGCCAGAGUGGUAGACUCUUUAACAAAGCAGAACAAUGGUCAAAAACCAUUUGAUUUUUGGAAGGAUAUAGUUGCUGGUAUACAACAUAAUUAUAAGAUGUCAGCUUUUAAAGAAAACUGUGGAAUAUAUUUUCCAGAAAUAAAAAGAGAUCCAGGCAAAUAUUUACACACUUGUCCGGAAUCAGUAAAAAAAUGGCUUCGACAGCUAAAGAAUGCUGGCAAAAUCCUUAUGUUAAUUACCAGUUCUCACAGUGAUUACUGUAGACUCCUCUGCGAAUAUAUCCUUGGGAAUGAUUUUGAAGAUCUUUUUGACAUUGUGAUUACAAAUGCAUUGAAGCCUGGCUUCUUCUCUCAUUUACCAAGUCAGAGGCCUUUCCGGACACUUGAGAAUGACGAGGAGCGGGAGGCGCUGCCAUCUCUGGAUAAACCUGGCUGGUACUCCCAAGGGAAUGCUGUCCACCUUUAUGAACUUCUGAAGAAAAUGACUGGCAAACCUGAACCCAAGGUUGUUUACUUUGGUGACAGCAUGCAUUCAGAUAUUUUCCCAGCCUGUCAUUAUAGUAAUUGGGAGACAGUCCUUAUCCUCGAAGAGCUCCGAGGGGACAAAGAUGGGAAGCCUGAGGAAUCAGAACCUGAAGAGAAAAAAGGAAAAUAUGAGGGAUCAAAGGCAAAGCCUCUAAAUACAUCAUCUAAAAAAUGGGGCUCCUUUUUUAUUGAUUCAGUUUCCAGACUGGAAAAUAGAGAAGAUUCCUUGGUUUAUACAUGGUCUUGUAAGCGAAUCAGUGCUUACAGCACUAUUGCAAUUCCAAGUAUUGAAGCAAUAGCAGAAUUACCCCUGGACUACAAAUUUACAAGGUUCUCUUCAAAUAAUUCAAAAACAGCAGGCUAUUAUCCAAACCCUCCAUUGGUCUUAUCAAAUGCUGGAAAACUGACAGCCAAAUAAACUAUCUUUACCAAAAAAUGAGUGAAAAACCAUAUAUGCAGCAAAUGUACUGUAAAAAUGUUAAUUUUCAAAAACUACUGUAAAAUGCUUUAUAGAAACAAAAUUAUUAAUGAAACGUGACCAAGAAAUUGGUAUGUUUUCCAUAGGGCUCCUUUCUAUAGAGAUUGUCUUGACCCAACGACACUUGUUAUGUUAAAAUCUCAGUAUCUUAGAGUU